AUGCUCAAACUGAUUUGGGGAGGGUUAACAACCCAUGAAUUAGGUACACCAUUAUUGGGUGAAGUUGAGUGAUAUCAACCUCUCCCGAGGUACAAAUUAGUGUUUCUUGCCGUAGUCGCUGCCGAGAGGCUUCUUUCCCCACGAACGACCGCCACUAGCAUCAAUAACCGCUGCUAGCCAGGAGUUCGGAAUCCAGGGUUAUUUAAGUAAAAACAACUUACUUGUGCUGUUAAUAUAUUUCGUAUUACAACUCCUCAGCUUACAAGAUGUUCAAGCCCCUUGUCCGAUUCUCUGGGAAGCAAUUGGCGGCUGCUUCGCGGCCGUCAGUUAGAGCUUAUGCUGCUGCGGGUGCUGCUCCAAAAUACCAAUGGACUGAUCCACUAGGCUCCCAGAACCUCUUCACUGAGGAGGAAUUGGCAGUUUCGGAGACGGCAGAGUCAUAUUGCCAGGAGCAAUUGAUGCCCAGGGUCCUUGAGGCAUACCGCAAUGAGGACUUCGACAGGAACAUUUUACAAGAGAUGGGCGAGCUCGGCCUGCUUGGAGCCACGAUCCAGGGCUACGACUGCGCCGGCGUGUCCAGCGUCGCGUCUGGACUUAUCACAAGAGCUGUGGAGCGUGUGGAUAGUGGAUACAGGUCAGCGAUGUCUGUCCAGUCGUCUCUGGUUAUGGGACCUAUAUACGAACACGGGACACAAGAGCUGAAGGACAAAUUCCUCCCAACGCUGGCGAAGGGAAAGUGGGUUGGUGCGUUUGGCUUGACUGAGCCAAACCAUGGAAGUGAUCCAGGAUCGAUGGAGACUGUCGCAAAGCCGCAUCCAACGAAGAAGGGAUACUAUUCGCUGUCGGGAUCGAAGACUUGGAUUAGCAACUCGCCAAUCGCUGACGUGUUCAUUAUAUGGGCGAAGCUUCAAGAGACGGGCAAGAUUAGAGGGUUCGUUGUUGAGAGAUCGCAAUGUCCAGUUGGUACUUUGGAGACGCCGGCAAUUAAGAACAAGAACGGCCUAAGAGCAUCGAUAACAGGCAUGAUUCAACUCGAUAACUGCCCGGUGCCACAGGAAAAUAUGUUCCCUGAGGUCGAAGGGUUGAGAGGCCCGUUUUCUUGCCUGAACAGUGCGCGGUACGGAAUAUCAUGGGGAGUGAUGGGAGCGUUGGAGGACUGCAUCGACAGAGCAAGGACAUACUCCCUCGAGAGGACACAGUUCAAGGGUAAUCCCCUCGCCAAAUACCAGCUCAUCCAGAAGAAGCUCGCAGAUGCUUCGACAGAUGCUGCCUUUGGUAUCCUGGCAAGUAUCCAGGUUGGUAGGCUAAAGGACGAGGGCAAAGCGGCACCAGAGAUGAUCAGUAUGAUCAAGAGGCAAAACUGCGACCGUGCUCUGGCAAAUUCUAGGACUUUGCAAGAAAUCUUCGGUGGCAAUGCCGCCAGCGAUGAGUACCAUAUUGGGAGGCACGUGGCCAACCUCUUUGUGACUCAAACGUAUGAAGGGCAAAGCGACAUCCACGCCCUCAUCCUCGGAAGAGCCAUCACAGGUGUUCAAGCAUUUGCAUAGGAAAAAUACAUAGAUAAACCCCAAAAUAAAUUGAUAAUAUCCCGAUUUCCCAUACUGUAUGCUGCCAGCCUACGGCCAUCCGAGGGGUUAUUUCCCUCGUGACCAAUAUUACCGUAUUCGGUUGCCGGCCAGACAAUCAAAGGAACGUCAUAGGUGAGAUGUGGUGUGGCGGGGCUAGCGACUCGCAAUCUUGAAGGAUGUAUCAAUCUCUCACGGUGCGGGACAUUUAUGUACGAUAAAUAAAUAAAAAAGGCACAGAUUCGUAAGGCUGAUGAUACCUUUGCCGUGGAUUGAAUAAUCACUUUAAUAACUAUGCAAGUGAAUUUUUAAUAGUAGGCCGUAGAUCCAUGUAGAAAGUAAAUCAUUCGACGGCGACCUAUAGGCGCCGAUUGUUGGAUCGGGCGGCGGGCGUGAGGC